CGCCGCGGCGGCUCGGCGGUUCGUGACGGGCCCUGGGAACGCAGCGGGCGCGGCCGCGGCUGCAGCCGGAGCCUUUGCGGGACGGGACCGCGGGACCCGGAAAUCCCGGGUGGCUGGAGGGCGCCGAGCCGGCGGCGAGGGGCGAGCUGGGCCGCCGGCCCGCUGCUGCAGGAAGAAAAAAGUCAAGAAAUGUCUACCAAUUUAAAAUACCUUUCCUUGGGCAUCCUGGUUUUUCAGACCACAAGUUUAGUCUUGACCAUGCGAUACUCUCGGACACUGAAAGAAGAAGGACCUCGUUACUUAUCUUCUACAGCAGUAGUUCUUGCUGAACUCCUGAAGAUUUUAGCCUGUGUUCUCUUGGUCUACAAAGACAGCAAAUGCAAUUUACGGACUCUGAACAGAGUGCUACAUGAUGAAAUACUCAAUAAACCUAAGGAGACUCUUAAGCUUGCUAUUCCUUCAGGAAUUUAUACUCUUCAGAAUAACUUGCUGUAUGUAGCCUUGUCAAACCUAGAUGCAGCCACGUACCAGGUUACAUAUCAACUGAAAAUUCUUACCACAGCCUUGUUUUCCGUGUCCAUGUUGAGCAAGAAGUUGGGUGUAUACCAGUGGCUUUCAUUAGUGAUAUUGAUGACAGGAGUGGCAUUUGUGCAGUGGCCUUCAGACUCUCAAGCAACAUCUGCUAAGGAGCAUUCAGCAGGAUCUCAGUUGGUAGGCCUGAUGGCAGUUCUCAUAGCAUGCUUCUCUAGUGGCUUUGCUGGGGUUUAUUUUGAGAAGAUUUUAAAGGAAACUAAGCAGUCUGUGUGGAUCAGAAACAUUCAGCUUGGAUUUUUUGGUAGCAUAUUUGGACUGGUGGGUGUGUACAUUUAUGAUGGAGAACAGCUGUCAAAGAAUGGAUUUUUUCAAGGAUACAAUAAACUUACUUGGGUAGUUGUUGUUCUACAGGCGCUUGGAGGACUGGUGAUUGCUGCUGUGAUAAAAUACGCAGACAACAUUUUAAAGGGCUUUGCAACUUCUCUCUCUAUUAUACUGUCAACAUUGAUCUCCUAUUUCUGGCUGCAAGAUUUUGUCCCUACAAGUGUCUUUUUCUUCGGAGCCAUCCUUGUCAUAGCAGCUACUUUUCUGUAUGGUUAUGAUCCUAAACCCGCAGGAAUCCCCAUCAAGGCAUAGCAGACUUCUCGUCAACCUGCUUCUCAAGAUCAUGCCCUAGGGGCUUUGUUGACAAUGGCACGUGGAGAGCCUCAUUGUGCACCCCGAGGAAAGGAUUGCUGUCCUGAAUCUGUUGAAGAAACGCGUACAAGUAGUUUUGAACAACUGGAGGGAUGAAAGGUGUGUGGCCAUACUGUCUGUAACUGACUAGAGAGAGACAAAAACAAACAACAAAAACACAGCAGGCGAGAGAAUGCCCAGUGCAACUUGCUGAUAAAAACUUGAAAGGAACAAAAAGUUUCCAACAAACUGCGGUUAGGAAUUGUUUACAGCUUGCCUGAGAUUGAAUCAAAAGCAUUUACUGUCCUGACUGCUGCAGAAAUCUGUCCUAUGCACUCUCUGAAAGAACACCUGGCAGCGUUGUCAGAUUGUAUGCUUUCUGCAAUUGACUCUGUUUAAUUGUAGCCAAUAUGGGUUUAAUUGUUUGUCUAUUUAAUUGUGAGAUCACCUGAAUACACAUGAUCGUUCUGAAGAGGGGUUUCUGAUUGGGUGUUACUUAUUAAAACUGUGAAGGUGAAAGUAAAUACUGAAAGAUACUUUCAUGAGAUUAAGUAUUUUUAUAUUUUUAGAAGACUGAUUUUAAUAACAGAGAUCUGUUAUUAAAAAAUAUUGGAAUCUUGUUGCUUUGGUAAAACUGUUGUAAGAAUGUUAACAUUCUCACCCAGGUAGACAGGGGAAGAAAUUAAGAGUUGGAGCUGGAAAUCAGCCUUCAUCAGAAUAUCCUUUAGUGUUCCAACACAGGGUGGUGAGACACUGAACAGGUUUGCCCAGGGAGGUGGUGGAAGCCCCAUCCCUGGAUAUUUUUAAGGCCAGGCUGGAUGUGGUAGUCUGAUCUAGUGUGGAACUGGGUGAUCGUUGAGGUCCCUUCCAGCCCUGACAAGUCUGUGGUUCUAUAGCUGAUGAAAUCACUCUGUGAGCAUAGACCAGAGGUUACUGCAUUCACCUGGCAAGAGAGUGGGGUGAUGCUGGGGUGCUUGCUCAGAUGUAAUGUUCAUAUUUAAUGAUUCAAAAAGAAAAGGAAAAUCACCCUUUUGGUAGAACCUUUGAAGUUGUUUUUAUGCUUUAAAUGUCAUCUAUGGAUUUUUUUUUAACCACAAAACAAAAACAAUGAAAGAUUUUUACGGCAUUAUUGUCUGUAGCAACUCCAUCUGGAGCUAUUAUGGUAUGUCACCCGUAUACUGUAUUUUACUAGUGUUUUUUUAAACAACUUUUGUUUACUCGUGCACCCUCUGAGUUUUUUUCAGUACAAUUCUAUGUAAUGGCUUCUUUAGAUUUUUUUUUUUUAAUCAUUAUUUUUUUUUUCUGGGAGUCCUUGAGCCAACAGACUGAAAUGGGUUCUCUGGAGCUAUGGAGUCUAGGAGUGGAAUUACUCUAAGAGGAAAUUUAAUGAAAAAGUAAUUAAUUGUGCAAUAGGUAAAUAUAAAAGCAUGCUCAUCUUCUAUUUCAAACUCCCAGAAAACCUUUACAAAGAUCUCUACAUGCAAUUAGAACUCAGAUCAAUUAGAGUGUUGUGAACACUUUACUUGCUGAAGUGUCUGUCUAUAGCCAGAAACACAAAACAAAAGGCAGAACUAAUAAACAACCCCCCCAUAAAAUGGCUGUCUUAAAUACCUCUGCUUUUCAGGACUUGAAAUUGCUGGGAGAGUGACUUCUCACCCAAGUGACAUGUGUAAAGGUGUACAUGGAUGCAAAAAUAGAUCAGCAGUCACUUACCUGUAGCAUGGCAAGUGGUAAAAGCUUGACUGUUUUUAUUUCCCCCCCUCCUAGUGUUCUUUUUCACUGCUGUCUUGUGCUCAUUAACACAUUGUAGAGAGAAGGUGCUUUAAAAUAUUUACCAAAAGACCUUAUCCUCUCUUUCCACAUUUCAGUGGUGGAUUGACAUGGUGAUUCUGAAAGUGUGCUUUAAAAUAUCUCACUGGGUUACUGUAAGUGGGAAAGGAAAAAUUACACUUGCAUGAGCUGAGUGGGGAAAAAGAAAGUAUUCUCCUUCUGCUGGCUGUGACUUGCGUUAUCAACUUUCUGUUUGUCUGUCGUAUCAGAGCAAGCCAUGAAAGACAUUUCAGAGUUAAACCAAGGGCUUGCUAAGCUUUGUGACCUGUGAAUCUCUCACGGCAUGUGGCAAUUGCAGCAGCUCUGCUACUGCUCAUAGUGGUCAAAAAGAUCUCGUAUCACGCUAAAUUGGCAUUCUGUGUUAAUGUUAACAUUUUCACCUGGAACAUUCAGCGUGGCAAAACCAAGAGGAGAUGGCCUGUAGUCAUUUUGCCCCUGAAAUGAAACAGGAGGUGAGAGGUGUGUGGAGCAGUGGCUCCCAGCAUUGCUUGGUGCAGAGUGGGAGUUGCGUGACUGAAAUGGUCUGAGACAUGUUGGUAGUCCUAUCUGCACUGGAGUUUGGUCUGCAUGGUAGUACUUUAACUCCAUGAACCACAGCAGUGGAAAGGUUCAGGUGGUACAAUUGCUGACUUCACUGAGGGACUUCAGAAGGCGCAAGCAGCAGGAUGAAGACACUUUAAAAACAGUUACAUAGGAAAUAAUCAGCGCAUUGCUGGAGUUCCCUUACCUAUAACCCAGGUUUAAUACCUCAGGUUCCCCUGUCCAUAUUUGUCAGUAAGCAUCAGUUUAAGGGAAAGAAAACAGGAAUCUGUACACUUUUUUUGCUUGAAUAGGAUGUCACACAGCUUUAGAAAACAGUCUGCUGUACUAAGGACUAGUUACUGCUGUCUGUGGAUCAAUGUCUCUCCCAUGUUUUCCACUGGCAGCUCCAUUAGUUUUUUCCAGUAGAGGGAUAGAUCUUUUUGUACAACUUGUUGCUGUCAAAGGAAAUAGGAAUCUGCAUUUUUAGCUGUCUUUCCCUAGCCCCUUUAAGCCUAAGGAAAAGCUCUUGUCUGAGACCUUUCAGGUCAGGCAAAGGGAAGAGGACAGCAAUCUGUCCCUUGAGAACAGAAAGGAUUUCUGUAACCUUUGCAACACAACAGCAUAUGCACAUUUUCUCACAGAGAUACUUUAGUGGACUGUAGAAUUAAAAGAAAAAGAAAAUGCAGUUUUAAGUCUAAAAAUCAACUAACCAAAGAAACAUUGGGAAGUAUGGCACAGUGUGCUUUGAGUUUCCCCUAAAAGCAAUCUGUAGUUUAAACUUCCAAAUUUCCCCUCUCUUUCUGACCUACUUUUCUGACUCAUGGACGAUGGAAUCUUCAGUUGUAUAUUUUUAGGAGGCUAACCUAUACUUAGCAGAAUUUUAUUUAAAUAUUUAUAAAGUUAUAGCUAAGUAUUUAUUUGCAGUAACUUGAAUUACAUGAUGAUGAUUGUUUUGUUAUUAAGACUUGCCUAAUGGGAGCACAAGUAUUUACUGAGUCAGUAAAUUGGGUAUUUGGCAGUUUUGUUCGAGGAUCUCUGGGAUACAUGGUGGAUGGUCAAAUAACAAUGAACUUAGAACUACCUUCAAAGCUAAAUAAAUCAUUGGUUCAGUAGUGAAAAAUCUUGAGCAUAAUAAACCAAGCAAAGAUAAUCUUUGCUUUAUGUUGCAUUUCUGUGCUGUCCACAAGUACCCAAUAAUAUAUGUUUUUCUUUUUCUCAAAGAAUUCAGAUCAUUUUUUGUAUUCCAGUCAAAUUGGUUUAGACAUCCCCAACCUGCUCUAGUUGAGGAUGUCCCUUCUGACUGCAAGGGGGGUUGGGCUAGAUGACUUUUGGAGGUCCCUUCCAUCUCAGCCCAUUCUUUGAUGCUGUGACUCUGUAAGAAAACUUUUUGUUUGCUUUAAUAAAUGGUAAAUUAAUAUUUUAGAGUCAACUCCUGCAAGAUAGCAUCUCGGGUUUUUUACUGUAGCUUUUUAGAAACGAUUGUUUUUCUUUUAAAAAAAAAGGAACAAAACCCCAACUUAUUUUGGUAGCAUAAGUUUGUCUUCGUUACUUGUUCAGUCCUUUCAUGGAAUUUUGGAAGUCUGCCAUUGUUUUGUGUUCCUCACUUCUUUUUGUGGCUGUAAUUCCUAAGAUUGUAAUGAAUUCUGUCAAGUUAUUUUCAGACUGAUAAAUUAAAUGUGGCCUUCCUUCUGGGUUUCAUUGUCAGUAACUUCCAUGUUUUAAUAGAUUUCUUUGCUGGCUGCACAUUCUGCUGUAGUUAAGCAGUCAUCUUUUUUCAGAGUUGAAGUUGUUGCUCUUUUUUUUUUUCUCCUGCUGACAGUGUUUCCUGCUGGAUGUUGUGAAUGAGGAAUAUGAUCCAUUGUUUUCUUCUCUGAAAUCCACAUUUUGUACAAAUAGGAUAUUAAAAAGCAUUCAGAGUUCUGAAUAGCAAUGUUUAUGUAGAACAUGGUAUUACACACUGUAUCAUUACCAUUGGUGCUCAGUAAUUGCACUUCACUCCAAGAAGUGUUCCUUUGCCUUUUGUUUCCAUUGUUCUUUUUGGUUUUAAUGCUGAUUAUUUUCCACAGAAAGUUACUAAAGAGUUCUUCUCUUUCCAGGUAAGCUCAUUAUAUGUGUUUAAAUAGCUAGAACUAAAAUAUUUUUACUGGAAAAAUGAAGGGGGAAAUGCAACAAAAUAAGUGGGGUUCAUUAGAUUGUAUUUUCUGCUCCAGUUACUGUGAACCCAAAUUCCUGAUAAGUUGAAUUUGUAGCCUGCUCUAAUUAUUUUCUGUUAGCUGAAUUUAUAACUCAUUUUCAGAAGCAAAAAAAAAAGUAUGUGUUCCAAGGUGCCAUCCAGUGCUCAUUCAUGAAUGUCUGCUGUGCAUUGGCAUCCAAGACUAGACCGUGACAUUUUUAACUCUUGCCUUCCACCGUCCAUCAUCAUUCUCACAGUAAUUAGCCAUAUUCUUUUCAUUAGCAAUUUGUAGCUUAGUAAGAAUUGCUUAUAUGCUAAGCACCUGCUGGAGCCUGUCCAGAGAAGGGCCACAAGGAUGAUGGGAGGGAUGAAGCUCCUCUCCUGUGAGGACAGGCUGAGAGAGUUGGGGUUGUUCAGUUUGGAGAAGAGAAGGCUCCCAGGAGACCUUCUUGUGGACUUCCAGUACCUUUCUUCCAGUACAAGAAAGCUGGGGAAGGACUUUUUAGGGUGUCAGGUAGUGAUAGGACUGGGAAGAAUGGAUCCAAGCUAGAGGAGGGCAGAUUUAGAUUAGACGUUGGGAGGAAGGUCUUCAGCAUGAGGGUGGUGAGACUGGAACAGGUUCCCCAGGUCAGUGUUGGAAGCCUCAUCCUUGGGUGUUUUUAAAGACAGGUUGGAAGGGCCUCUGGCUAACCUGAUCUAGUGUGAGUUGUCCCUGCCCAUGGCAGGGGAGUUGGAACUGGGUGAUCCUUGAGGUCUCUUCCAACCUGGGCGGCUCUGUCAUUCAUAUGCUUGCAUUUGCUGCCACGAGUAACACUUUCCUAGAUGUUUAUAAAGCUUGUCUUUAUUGUCAGUUAUAUUUUAAAUUAUUUUAAAGAUGAGACCAAAUAGAAAUAAACUGUAGCAACAUUUUUAAGGUAGUCUAAAGAUUUUGUUUGUUGAUAUUUUUGCACGAUCAUACUGGACACAGUUCUAAUCUAUGUCAUUUCCAGCUAGUCUGGAAAAAGGUUCAUUUUUCUGGUGUAACACUGAUGAGCCAGAGAAUGCAUUUCACAUGACCUAAUAUAUUAUUUCUUUUAAAUCCAUAUUGAGGUAAAAUGCUGCAUUUUGGGGUUUGGUUUUUUUUCUUCUGUAUGUAUAGAUAAUGUCACCAUGUUAAUAAACUGUUUUAAACCAAGCACUGGCUUUAUUAGGAACAUGAUGUAGAACUGAGAACUCUGUAACUGGAGAGGCUUGUCUUAUAUGCAUAUUGGAGCAGGAAUAAACCAAUGUUUUAAUUAA